AUUGAUUUAUGAUCUAACAAAGAGGUUAGGUAUAUGGUUACGUAAAUUCCUUCGAAGCUUAAAUUAAGAGUAUUUUACAAGAAAAUAGCAAAUAAUCAACCAAAAUGCGUUUGGGAAGAAAACAGGCUGAAAUUGCUGCAAGUUUUCUACCGUCUCUGCUUGGAUUUGGAGCAUCAGCAUUUGCAGGAAUGCUGUACUUCACAGAUUGGAAGGUAAUCGUUACCAACAUCCCCUAUUACAAUGGAAAAUUCAAGGAUCUGCCACAAGAAGAAUAAUCGCUGCCGAUAAUCGUACUAGGUACUUACUCUAAUAAAUAAUGUAAAAUAGAUAAUCAUAAAUGUGAAA